AUGAGGAGAUUCUUGAAGAGUAUUGGCUUCUCACGCGCUCUUUGGUGGCAAAUUCUGCUCUCAGGAAACUUAGGGGAGCUCCAUUGCCGCCUGCUGCAAAUACCUCAAGAUUUAGGGCUUUGUACUGCAACUCUUCGGCUGUCUCCGGACAAAGAUCAGACUGUUAUAAUCUCGCUGCUCAUAUUUGACCGUUUGAAGAAGGAGGAGGUUGAAAGAGAUUCUUGGUUGCUUUAA